AUGGCAGCAAUAGAAAGUCUGAGAGGAGGUGGAGGAGGGUUCAUUUUUGGUCAACCAGGCAUACAUGGAGUUGAAGAAGAGGAGGAAGACUCACCUGCGAUUUUACUGAGUGUUGUAUCCCAGCAUGGACAGAUUGGCCUCUGCUUCUUUGACAGUAAGGACUCCACUUUAAACUACAUGAGAGACACUCCUGACAACCAUGAGCUCCACCUGCUGGCCAGAGUCAUCCAGGAGGUUAGUCCUCAUGUAAUAAUUACCAGUGCAAAGCAGGAGCGCUGCAUGACACGGUUCUUGCAACAACUUGGUUCAAACCCGGACUACAAACCUGAGGUGGUUACUUAUCCAUAUGUUGAUUUCGGUCUGGAGGUGGGAAAGCAGAGACUUCUUUCUGCCCAUCUGCCUUUCCUUCCUGCCUCCACUUCAGAGAGAGACAAAAUGUCUUACCUCUCGUCUUGUAUCUCCUUUGACUCUCCCCUGAUGCUGAGGGCAGUGGGCGCUCUGUUGAAAUGUCUGGACAGGAGGAGAGUGGGAGUGGAGCUGGAAGACAGCAGUGUUGGAGUUCCUAUCCUGCAGUUCAACGCCUACACGCUUAAAGGUGUUGUUUGCAUUGACCGAGACACCUACAGUGUACUGCAGAUCUUCAAAUCAGAGCUUCACCCAUCAGUGUACAAGCUGCAUUCAGGUGAAAAGGAAGGACUCAGUCUUUAUGGGAUUCUGAACCGCUGCAGGUGCAAAUUUGGCUCCAAACUGCUACGCCAGUGGUUUAUGCGGCCAACACAGGACCUGGCUGUGUUACAAAGGAGACAGGAAGUGAUUCGUUUCUUCACGUCGCCCCGUAACUCCGACGCCCUGAACACCCUUCAGUCUUCGCUACGCAACAUCAGAAACAUACCAACUCUUCUGCGCAGGAUGUCUCUCUCUCACACCAAAGUGACUGACUGGCAGUGUCUCUACAAGACAGUGUACAACGCAGUGUGUAUCAGGGACACAGUGCGACACCUGCCUCAGUCCAUUCAUCUCUUCCGGGAUAUCAGUGAAGGGUUGUCUGACGACCUCCACCAUAUUGCCACCCUCAUCAGCCGAGUUAUCUUCAUCAUUGCGACUCUCAGUCUAAACUUCACAGAUGAAGAGAUUGUGUGCAAAAUAAAGAAAUGGCAGAAGAAUGCAACCUGA